AUGGCCGUUGAAAUUCUCCGUAGAAACCAGCGAAGGCGAGUUGAAGCUGCAAUGGAAGAAGACAUUGAACUUCAAAUGCAGAAAAUGGUGUCCAAUUUUACGUUUUUGAAUGAUGAACCGGAUGUGUCCGACGACUCUGCCAUUGGAUCUCUGUCUGGAGAAUCUGUUACGUCGCUGGGAGAGAAGGCUCCAAUUGAGAACAUAGAAGAGGUUUACAUCGAACCUGUUAUCGAAGAGCAACCUGCUUAUGUGCUCCACGCGGAACCAGUUCCAGAACUUGAGGUCAACCACGAAGAUCUGAAAAUGUAUAAGACCGAGCCAAUACGUACGGUUCAUCCAAGACUAUUGCAACUUCCAACUAUCAGAGAGGAAGUUAUCGGAUCGUGGGAGCAUCCGGCGUUGAGUCGGUUCAACAUGUUCUCUCAACUUCAUGGUAAGAUCUACCAGCAACGAAAUCUUGAUCAGAUGGAUUUGCUACCAUGUGACUUGGCUGAGAUCUACUCAUUUGCGGAGAGCUGGAUUCGCUUCCGUCUCACUCAAAUCUCACCAAUCAAUCCAACUAUGACUCGCAUUUUCCUGAUGUACAACCACAUUCUUAACAACAAUUUGACUCCACAAGUCUGCCGUGAAGUGUGCAUGGUGACUCGAUAUCGUCAUAAGCCGGAUUUUCUGAUCUAUAUGGAGAUGCAUCUGACCUACCGUUUUGACCCAUGCUACAACACCAUCCGUGGUACCGGACGUCAUGCCUACAGACCAUCGCAUUUAUUUUAA